GAGAUAGUCAAGUCAUUCGCUAUUGUACGCCGUAGUAGUAGCUACGUACUUAGUUAGUUAUGAUGUGGCUGUCAUCUCUGUGGCUGUUGCACAAUACAUAUGUACAAGUAUUGUACAGUAGGACCAUUGUCUCACCUGGGAACAAAGUUUAUUACCUAGUACAGUUUUGCCCGCUUCCCUCACUUUCCCAUAUUCACUACUAACCUUGGCGACCUUAGGUAGGUAGGUAACCGUCAAUUCCCAUCACUUCUUAUCACUACCAAUAUAUGAAAAUAAAUUAGAAAAAUUCCUUUCAAUUAACUAACCUAGGGUUAGUUCACUGUCCAUUCAUCAUGGUAAGCUGGAAAUUUGGUUCCAGUUAUUCCCUUCUGCUUGUCGUUGUGGCAGCGGUUGCCAUUUACGUGCAGGUAACCUCGAGCACGUUAUCGCUCCCUUUGUCAACCGGAACGACAGCCCUCACCAUCGUAUUACCCUUCCUCGCAGCGAUAAACUUCUUCAUCACACCUCAGCUUCGUUCCUUGCUGGGAUAUGGUAUCAGGGCAUCUCCGAUACUACAAUUCGUCCCUUUCGCCCUACAGAUUUUCCAAGGGGUAUUGACGGCCGUUCUAGCAACCCUUGCAGCCCAAGGUUUCGUACCGGGUCAACUGCUCGAUUGUGGCCUGGAAGGCAGAUGGCAGGGACUUUGGCAUAAUCGUGAUGGACAUGCCAUCGAACGUAUCCAAGAGACCCUUGGUUGUUGUGGACUGCGCAGCACUGUUGACCGCGACUGGCCACCCGCUGGGUGCAAGGCUCUAUACAAAGACAGGCACACCUCGUGUCUUGGUCCAUGGCGUGCAACCAUGCAGCGAAGCGCAGGCUUCGAGUUCGCAAUAGUGGUUGCCGUUGGUGUUUUGCAGCUCGUCUCCCUUGCGCUCUUCAGGCUGGAUAAUAAUUCCAGCCGUAACUUCAGCCGUAGCGCCAGCACUGGUUACGCCCGCAUCCCCCAAAACGUUGGUCCCAGUCAACGUUCAGGGUUAAUAGAGCCUGGAAUGGUGGAUGACGAUGAUAGUGCUGAUGAGGCCGAAAACAACAGUGGCUCUAGGAACAAUCAGGGUCAAUAUGGGUCCCUGGAAGACGGGCCACGCAUUGCGCCAUCUGGUCUUGGUGAGAGCGACAACCAGUGGCGGUCUGCUUAAUUGAGCGAACCUACGAAGAUCUAUACCUAUAUGUCAAAGGGUCAUAAUCAACAUUACACGAGAUAUUACUUGGUCCGCAGUAGUCUCACUUGUGGAGGCGGUACAGUAUGCAACGGUGGAUAAUCUUAGCUUAGAGAAGUCACAGAAUCAUGAUGAAAUUGAAGCAACCUCUUUUAUGUACAAAAACAAUUCACAUCAGUAAGAAUGAAGAUUUAUGUGAAUUUAUUAGACAGGCUGAGAACCUCCGAAUAUUUGCACAAUAUAGUCAAUCCCAAGGGCUCUGUACCGGAGGCGGGCACGUAUCCGAAUAGGGGGUGGGCUGGGUCAGCCAACGUGGAACCGGGGAAAAUACCCAAGCCUCUG